AUGUCACGUAGUUUCAGCUUUCUCAGGUUUCAAUAUGGCUCUCCUAGAAAGCCUCCAAAUAAACCAGCUCCCGAGUUGAGUUUCUCCAAAGAGAGGCAAAGGUCUAGCUUGUCAAGGCCUUCAUCCCAGCCAAAAGCUGAGGAGAUAAGAUAUGUGUUUGAUAAAUUUGACACCAACAAAGAUGGGAGGAUCAGCAGGGAAGAGUACAAGUCAGCCCUGAAGACCCUUGACAAAGAAAUAGCAGAAGCUGAGAUUGCCAAGACCUUUAAGGCCCUUGACAGUGAUGGAGAUGGGUUCAUAGGGUUCAAGGAGUUUGUGGAGAUGUUCAACAUGGGAGCUGAUCAGGCACGAGAGGCUGACAUCGAAAGCGCAUUUCGAUUGUUCGAUCUGGAUGGCAAUGGGAAGAUAAGUGCAGAGGAGUUAUCUCUGGUGCUGAAGAAGCUGGGAGAGAAUUGCAGUCUUGGGGCUUGCAGGAACAUGGUGAAAGGAGUGGAUACUAAUGGUGAUGGUUUAAUUGACAUGAAUGAGUUUUCCAAAAUGAUGGGGAACUUCAAGAAACCAACUGCUUAA